CCGUUCCGGGGUGGACCAUGGGCUCCAUGUUCCGGAGUGAGGAGGUGGCGCUGGUGCAGCUCUUCCUGCCCACGGCCUCGGCCUACACCUGCGUGAGCCAGCUGGGCGAACUGGGCCUCGUGGAGUUCCGCGACCUCAAUGCCUCGGUGAGCGCCUUCCAGAGGCGCUUUGUGGGUGAAGUCCGGCGCUGCGAGGAGCUGGAGAAGACCUUCACCUUCCUGCAGGAGGAGGUGCGGAGAGCGGGGCUGCCGAUGGCUCCUCCCACGGUGGGGCUACCCGCACCCCCACCCCGAGACAUGCUCCGCAUCCAGGAGGACUCCGACCGCCUGGCCCAGGAGCUGCGGGACGUGAGCGGGAACCAGCGGGCCCUGCGCGCCCAGCUGCACCAGCUGCAGCUCCACGAAGCUGUGCUGGGCCAAGGCCAGGGCCCUUCGCUGGCUGCCACCCCCAUGGAUGGGACCUUGGAGACCACACCCCUGAUCCAGGCUCCCGGAGGACCUCACGACGGCCUCAGGGUCAAUUUCGUGGCAGGCGCUGUAGAGCCCCACAAGGCUGCCGCCCUGGAGCGCCUGCUCUGGAGGGCCUGUCGCGGCUUCCUCAUUGUCAGCUUCCAGGAGGCCGAGGGGCAGCUGGAGGACCCGGUGACGGGCGAGCCUGCCACCUGGAUGAUCUUCCUCAUCUCCUACUGGGGUGAGCAGAUCGGAAAGAAAGUUUGCAAGAUCACUGACUGCUUCCACUGCCAUGUGUUCCCGUUCUCAGAGGAUGACGAUGCCCGGCACCGUGCCCGCCAGCAGCUGCAGCAGCAGAACCAGGAGCUGCGGGAGGUCCUGGGUGAGGCGGAUCGUUUCCUGAGCCAGGUGCUGGGCCGGGUGCAGCAGCUGCUGCCGCCCUGGCAGACUCAGGUGCGCAAGAUGAAGGCCGUGUAUCUGGCGCUCAACCAGUGCAGCCUGAGCGCCACGCACAAGUGCCUCAUCGCAGAGGGCUGGUGUGCCGUGCAGGACCUGCCCACCCUUCAGGGGGCGCUGCGGGACAGCUCGACUGAAGAGGGUGUGAGCGCCCUGGCCCAUCGCCUGCCCUGCCGGGAUAUGCCCCCCACGCUCAUCCGCACCAACUGCUUCACCGCCGGCUUCCAGGGCAUCGUGGACGCGUAUGGCGUGGGCCGCUACCAGGAAGUCAACCCAGCACCCUACACUAUCAUCACCUUCCCCUUCCUCUUCGCCGUCAUGUUCGGGGACGUGGGUCACGGGCUGCUCAUGUUCCUCUUUGCCCUGGCCAUGGUGCUGGCCGAGAACCAGCCAUCUGUGAAGAAGGCGCAGAACGAGAUCUGGAGGACCUUCUUCGGGGGCCGCUACCUACUCCUGCUCAUGGGCCUCUUCUCCGUCUACACUGGCUUCGUCUACAACGAAUGCUUCAGCCGCGCACUGACCAUCUUCCCCUCAGGCUGGAGCGUGGCAGCUAUGGCCAACCAGUCGGGUUGGAGUGACUCAUUCCUGGCUCGGAACCCAGUGCUCAGCCUGGAUCCCAAUAUCUCUGGUGUCUUCCUGGGGCCUUACCCGUUUGGCAUAGACCCUAUCUGGAGCUUGGCCAUCAACCACCUGAGCUUCCUCAACUCGUUCAAAAUGAAGAUGUCGGUGAUCCUGGGGGUGACGCACAUGGCCUUCGGGGUGGUCCUGGGCAUCUUCAACCACAUGCACUUUGGCCAGCAGCACCGUGUGCUGCUAGAGACAGUGCCCGAGCUGGUCUUCCUGCUGGGCCUCUUUGGCUACCUGGUCUUUCUGGUCAUCUACAAGUGGCUAACCAUCACGGCAGCAGGCGCAGCGAGUGCCCCGAGCAUCCUCAUCCAUUUUAUCAACAUGUUCCUCUUUAGCAGCAGCCCGACCAACCGACAGCUCUUCCAGGACCAGAGGGUGGUGCAGUCCACCCUGGUGGUCCUGGCCCUGAUCACGGUGCCCGUCUUGCUGCUUGGGACACCCCUGUUCCUGUACCGGCGGCACCGGCACCGGGCACGGAAGCUUUCUGGAGAGGGGCUGGAGGAUAGGACAAGGCUCUUGGAUGCCUCUGGCUGUGACGAGGAGCAGGCUGGGAGCCCAGGAGACCCGGAGGAGGAGUUUGUCGCAGCCGAGGUGUUCAUGCACCAGGCCAUCCACACCAUCGAGUUCUGCCUGGGCUGCGUGUCCAACACGGCCUCCUACCUGCGCCUCUGGGCCCUAAGCCUGGCACACGCCCAGCUGUCAGAGGUGCUGUGGGCCAUGGUGAUGCGUGUAGGCCUGGGCCUGAGGCGCCAGAUGGGAGUGGAGGCCUUGGCACUGGUACCUGUGUUUGCUGCCUUCGCCAUCCUCACUGUGGCCAUCCUGCUGGUGAUGGAGGGGCUCUCGGCCUUUCUGCACGCCCUGCGCCUGCACUGGGUGGAGUUCCAGAACAAGUUCUACGUGGGCACCGGCUACCGGUUCACCCCCUUCUCCUUCACCACAGACGAUGAUGAUUAGUGCCCUGGACCCCAUCUGGGAUGGAAUAAAGGGGUGAAACGGGAA